GACGUCCGACAAUACUAUCUACUUUCCCACUGUUUGGGGACGAACCGGUGCUUUCACAGUUGAAGACCUAAAACCCGACCGUUUUCACGAGAUUGUUGAAUUACUUAAGAGCCACUACUUUCCACACAAUCACAUAUGCCAAAGUUUGGGUUUUUUGAAGGACGAGGAAUCCGCAAGAUCCUUUACUGAACAUCUGCUGCUUACCGUGGGCAAUAAUUCGUCGAUCAUCGUCGUUGAUGAAAAUUCUACCACAGAAGAGGGUCGGAGGAAAAUAGUGGGAGUGUUGGUCUUGAGAACCAUCGACAAAUUUGAUUACGCGCGUGUGAUGAGACGCAUUCGGUUGGUUUCUGGAGAUGCAAUGAAAGAGUACGUGAGAUUGAGACAGCACAUGCACGGAAAGGUGGACUUUUUCGCGAAAUAUAAGUGCGACCGGAUUGUUCGUUACUAUGAUUUGUGUUUAUUACCAGAGUACAGGCACAGGGGGCUAGCGAAUCAUUUGGUGCGUUGUGGAAUUGACGUUGCCAAAGCGAAGGGAGCGGCAGCUGUGGUGGGUCUAUUUGAGGAUGACGGAAUACAAACCUUAGCAAAGAAAUUAGGAAUGAAGAAUGAGUAGAAGAUUACGACUCGAGGAAGAGAGGGCGAAAGCUGUAAAAGAAGAAGAAAUCUUCGAAGAUCCUCUUAAGAUUCAGCUGAAACGUAUAUUCUCGCCGCUCGUGUGGAAGGAAACGUCGUACGGCAUCCGAAUUCAAGAUCUAAAGGAGGAUCAACACGAGGAGGUCGUAAAUAUGUUUAAGGAUCACUUUUUGGAGAAUGACGUUUUGUGUAAAAACACCGAGCUCCUAAACGACGAGGAAUCUUUGGCUUGUUAUUUGAGACGCAUCCGUUUUCAAAUUCGUGACAGCUCAUCCAUCAUCGCUGUAGAUCUAAAUUAUGUCCACGACGACGAGGAUUUACAAGAUGAAUCGGAAGCGAAGUUAAAAAUCGUCGGAGUUCUAAUCUUGAAGGUUAUGAGAAAGAAUGAGUUUAACCGCGUAUUUAGCCAAGUGCAACUGAUUGAAGGCGAAGCUAUGAAGAAGUGCGUCGCGUUUAGGUCGCAUAUAAAUCGAAGGGUUGACAUCCACGAGAAGUGUAACUGCGACGUUUACCUACGCUAUUACGAGCUUUGCGUUUUACCACAGUAUCGACACCAGUCACUAGGAUACCUACUAAUGAUGUGCGGAGUAAGGGUGGCAAGAUCGUAUAAUAUUCCCGUUGUUGCCGGAUUGUUUCCGACAUUAUCGAUGCAAACUGUCGCAAAAAGGUUAGGAAUGGAGACUAUCUACGAAGUUAGCUACUGCGCUUGGAGAGAUCGCGAAGGGGAAUUAAUUUUCGACGACCCCGGUGCCGGAAACUAUACGUGUGCAGUAAUGGCAGGACCGGUACCACCACCUCCUUCCCUUGGAAUCGUACCAUCCGACUCACAAAUGAAAUUAACUAGACCUAAAACUAGAGCAGAAAAACAGAUGCUUCGAGCAAAGGCGAAAAACUAGUCAUAGUCGGGUUUCCUAAAUUCCUUGUUUAAUUUCCUCCAAAACUGUAGGCGUUUCAUGAGCAGAUUGGUGCCCAUGUGGCUACUUUGGCCUAUAAAAUAAAAUUCUAGUCUAUCCGU